GGAGGUUUGGGCGAAGAGUUUUGCUGUAAAGUCGCUUAGAGCUGCUUUAACAGCAGAUCCUCUUCUUCUCCUCCCCGCUAACGUCACCCACGCAGCCGUGGCGUCCCUCUGGAGCCAACAACAUGGAGUCGGAUCGUCUGCACCGCUAAAGCCGAGCAGCGCCUCAGCUUUCCCCGAUCCUGCAACAACAAACGCGGUGUCUUUCUGCAGUAAAGCGGCCGCGCGCGUGUAGCGACAGACUUCAAGCCCGACACGGCAUGGGGAGCUCGGUGUGCGCUGUUCCGGAGAGCAGCGGGGCGGGCAGGCCGUGACGAACAGGACACCAUGUAGGUGGGUUGAACAGAUUACAACACCGGAUCAUGGAACCUGACAUAGGUCCUCUUCCCAGUAUGGACCCCCAUGAUCCGACAUCCAUCCGGGAGCUCCCGGAAUCCCCCUCUCUACUCAGCAACAGCUUGAUGGCAGGAUUGCCCCAAGGUGGUGAUCUGGAGAGGGAUGAUGAAGAUGUAAACCUCCUCCACAAAAGUGCAUCUUAUGAGAAGAGUGAGAGUAAACACAGAUCCUCAGCCUUCUCCUCAUCUCUAACAUGGGACUCAGACUCUGAGAAAGAAACAUUUGAUGAAGAGGAACUUCAGCACUUUUCUAAUCCUCAUGGCCUUGCUGCUCACAGUCCAGGAAGUCCCACCUGUGAACAGGAGCAAGACAAUGCUACUGCGUGCAGAGUUGACUGUGGAGUUUACCGAACACCUGAAAAGCCCAAGAAAAUAGUGUUAGACAAAAACCUGUCUAGUUCUUUGGACGCACAAGGUCAAGACAGAGAUGCAUGCAGAGAUCCAGGGAUGGUACAGUCCAGCACUCAACAAUGUGUCGAAAAUGAUAACGUUGGAGGUGUAUCAGAUCAAGUUGGGCCACUUUUCUCAGACACAAUACCAAUAGAGGAAAACCAAAAAGAAGAGGAUGAGAAAGGGUUUGAUCCCAAGAAGAAGGAAAUAAAGAAAGUUCCAGAACGAGAUGUAUAUACCUUCCCGGGUGAUUCAGAUCCUGAAAGUCCACCACCAGGUCCAUGGGCGCACUGCACCUUCAUCCAGCGCAGGAGAAAGAAAAGAGCCUUACUGAGACCUUUUUCUGGACUCAAUCCUUGGCAGUGCACACCUGGUACAGUCAGGAAGACCAGAGUAAACCCCUCCAGGGCAAAAGAGUGCAGUAAAUUUGUGAACGAUAAGGAAGGUGUGUUUGAAUUUAAGGAGGAAGAGGAAGAGAAGGUUCAAGGCAAGAAGCAGUCACAAGAAUACAGAGAAGAACUUUGUCAAGAGAUUUUCACCUGUGUUGAAUGUAGCAUCUACUUUAAAAAAGCAGCACAUCUGAGGGAGCACAUGCGAGAACAUGGCCAAGGCAGUGGGAGAAAAGGACAGUGUGAAGAAGAUAAUGCAAGGAGGAGGCGAGCCAAGAAAGGUGGCUUUGAGUGUAUGGAAUGUGGACAGAAUUUCGCCGAUAGGCUGGUGCUGUUGGACCAUCACAGACGCCAUCAGGAGUCACGGCACAAGAUCUUGGAGGAGAUGGGAAAGCUGAAUGAUGGAGGGAAGAGAGCAAAUCGCAGAAAUUCCAGAAAGCCAGCCACGAAUAAGUCCUUGGCCAUUUGUGGCCAGUUUGUUUGUCUUAAGUGCAACUAUAGCUCUGAUGUGCCUCAAGAGCUUGCAGAUCACGCCAAGACACAUACAACUCGGACCAGGGCUGGUGGGCACCGUGUCUCACCCCGCUUCCAGCAAAAAUCCAGCAGAAAAGGAUGGACACGGUAUUCUGGUAAUGCUGCAUCGACCACAGCGGUUAGUGAUAGGUACCCCACCAGAGCUUCUGUGCAAAUGGGGGGAAGUAAGCCUGAAACUGACCAUUUGCAGGGCAAAGACUGCGAUCCAGAGAGUGAGAAUAAGACUGAUCUCUUUCCAGGACCUAGCCAGAAUCACACAGUAUCUGAAAAUCCAGCAGAACCCACAGACAAGCCAGAAUUAGAAAGUACUCAGUCUGAAGCUGCUCCCCUUGUAAGUCCAAGCCUACAGGAGGAGUCUGGGUCUGCUGAGGUUGGGCUUGGAGAAGAGAAUGUCUCAAAUCUCCAAACUCCUGAGCUUUUACUUACAAACACAAAGGCUGAAACACGGCAAAAGGAUGUUGUUUUCAAGGGCACAGGAAAUCGCCGCUCAAAACGAGUUCUGAGGCGUGUAAUAGGACGAAUACGAGCAAGUAGCAGACUGGAUCCCCAGUCUACUGAUACUAGUGAUACAAAUAUCAAUAUGCAAAACACUGAGGAAACCACAGAGCUGAGCCAAAAAGCAUCUGUACUACCAGAUCUAGAGGGUGAUCUCAUGGUGGCCAACAAAGCAGGAGUGGAGACAUCUGCUCUAGUUUUAGAUCUCAACAUGUCUCCUCCACCAAAAGCCUCCAAGGACUCCAAAGAAGAGACAAAUGAAGAGACCCUGCCUGACAGUGAAAAGGAUGAAUGUAGCAAAAACACCACUGAUGAAAAAGAUAAUGAUAAUAAUGAUCUUGAUGAUGAUGAUGAUGGUGAUGAUGAUGACGAUGACGGGGGUGAUGAUCAGAAUGAUAAUGCCAGUGACAAAGAAGAGAACGAGGAUGUUGUCAAUCAGCUUGAUGUCUUAACUGAAGAGGAGGAUGAGGAAGAUGAAGAGGGAAUUUUGCUGAAGACUGUAGAAAAGAAAUGUCCCUACUGCCAAGACUGCUUUGAUAAUGGAAUUGGACUAGCUAAUCAUAUUAGGGGUCACCUGAACAGAGUUGGAGUCAGUUACAAGGUUAGACACUUCAUAUCUCCAGAAGAGGUUAAUGCCAUUGAGAAGAAGUUCUCCUACCAAAAAAAGAAGAAGAAAGUUGCUAACUUUGACCCAGCAACCUUCAGUGUGAUGCGCUGUGAGUUCUGCAGUGCUGGCUUUGACACCAGGGCCGGCCUUUCCAGUCAUGCUCGUGCACACCUACGAGACUUUGGCAUUACCAACUGGGAGGUCACUGCGUCGCCCAUUUAUGUCCUCCGCGAGCUCUUCUCUAAGCGGCCCGACCUUGCUUUAUCCAUUACCCCUGCUUUUAACGCUGAGACACAAGACAAGAAACCAUGUAAAGAAGAAGAGGAAUCCAUGUUAGUAAAUGAUGAAGAAAGUGGAACUUCAGAACCAGUGCUGCAGAUACCUGCAUCUCCAACUCAGCCUUGGAGAGAGAGCCAGAAUGAUGGUGAAGCUGAUGGUGGGAACAACAAGGGGGAGGGAGAUGAAAAAAUGCAACUGCAGGAUGACUUUAACUCCAGCCCAGGAUCAAACAGCUCAGCUGCUGCAGAAGAGACCAAUACAAAAGGCUCCAGUCUGCUGAAGUGUGAGGUCUGCAGUGCCCUGUUUGAGACACGGCGUGGUCUGUCCAGCCAUGCUCGCUCUCAUCUGCGCCAGCUAGGUGUGGGCAUGUCUGAAAGCAGUGGUGCACCCAUAGAUCUCCUCUACCAUAUAACCAAGGAGCGGGCCACUGACUCCCACUUACCUGCCUCACCGCCAUCACAUUCACCAACACCAUCACCAAAAAACACUCACCAUCAUACUUUCUGUGUUCCUAUGCCAAGCCCCAGUAGGAGUGCAGAGUUUGAAGAUGAACCACAAGACAUUAAGCCCCUCUCACUUCUGCGUAGUGUAGCAAAAUCUCCCCCUUCCCCAAGCAGACCACCAUCUGGCUUGCAGCCAUCCUCUCCAUUUGGAAGGUCUCCAUCCCCCUCUCGUUCUCUGUCUACUUCCCCAUCCCCAGUGCUGAGGAAGGCCCCAAUCUCCUCAUUGCUGCCUGUGUCUUCCCAACUGCGCUCACAUGAGCACAAGACUGUGUCAAGGGCCCACAAUUCAGCAUUGUCCACUGCCCCAUCCAGACCACUCUGGGCACCACAAGAAACAGAAGGUCCCCUUAAUCUCUCAAUGGAUAUGGAUUCUAACACAGACAUUAUAUGCAAGCUAUGCGGAGCCUGGUUUGAAACACGCAAAGGCCUCUCUAGUCAUGCACGAGCCCACCUGCGUCAUUUUGGCGUGGAAUACUCUGAGUCAAAGGGGUCCCCUAUCGACCUACUCAAUACACUUAUCCUCACUGAUGACUUCAAGCGCAGAGCUACGUCCUUACGCUCUGACAGCCCGGAGGACUUGAGGGUCCAUGGACACACUGUGGGUCCACCCUCUCCCUCCACAUCUACACCUACUUCUGCUUCCAAGAGGCCCUUCCUCUCCAACUCUGUCCAAUUAAAGAACACAUCAUUAAAAAGUGGUGUUUGCUCCAAAGCUACCUCCUCAUCUUCUUCUUCCUCUACCCACACCUUGCUUAGUCCACCCACCAAGAAGCUGAAACCUUCUUCACAGCAGGUCUUCCAUUUGAGUGGCAGGGAGAUGAUGUCCAUUCCUUUAGCUGAACCAAUGAAAGAUGUGUGUUGUGAGUUUUGCGGUGAGCUUUUUGAGAACCGCAAAGGCCUCUCCAGUCAUGCUCGUUCCCACUUGCGUCAGCUGGGCAUCACUGAAUGGUCUGUGAAUGGCUCACCCAUCGACACACUACGAGACCUCAUAACUCGCCGAGGUUUGCCAUGCGUCAUGCCUCUGAAACCCUUGAAAUCAUCCUCAUCCUCUCCAAGCCCAGGACCCCAUCGGACCUUACACCAGUAUUCUUCCCCACCAGGAGGUGCCCUUGGCCGUCAGGCUUUCUCUUUCACUCAGCAAAAGCCUGCCAAGGUGGCAGUAUCAGCACCUGUCCCCAGCACCUCCCCAGCAGUACUAAUGGUGAAACCCAAACCAGAACCUCAGCAGGUGGAAGUUACUGUGACUGGAGGGGGACAUGAAGGUUAUAGCUCUGAGUCACAGCAUCCGAGCUGGAUGAGCUCAGAUAAUACGCAUUCCAUCAACCUGUUAAUGACCCAGGAGAGGGAACCGUCCCGUGAUAUCCGUUGCGAAUACUGCGGUGAGUUUUUUGAGAACCGCAAAGGCCUCUCCAGUCAUGCCCGCUCACAUUUACGCCACAUGGGUAUCACUGAGUGGUCUGUCAAUGGCUCGCCAAUUGACACACUGUGGGAGAUAAUGCGUAAUCAGGGGACCACACCAGCAUCUCUUGCGUCAGGUGUAAAAGAGGAACCAGGGCAAGAGAGCAGCUCAUCCUGGGACAGUCAAGGGUAUCAGUCAUCCAGAGUCUCCCCAAAAGCACCCAUUAAUCUGCUCCACUCCAGCUCACGCCUCCAUAAGCAUGGAUUUGGGCCCACAAGAAUGUCAACUACCCCUCCAGCAGGCAAGUUUCUUAGUAUGAAACCCACUGGGAAGAGGUUGCUGGGAACCGAAGGACACCUUGAUCAAAGGUCACCAUCAACCCAGUCAAAAACCUUCUCACCCCCACCACAGGACUUCUCUUUUAAAGGAAGAAUGUCCACAGACAAGUAUGGGGUAGGCCGCAUGGAUGCUAGCUGUGAGUUGUGCGGUUUUGCCUUUGAGAACCGGAAGGCUUUGGCCAGCCAUGCGCGGGCUCAUUUGCGACAGUUUGGUGUGACGGAGUGGUCUGUGAAUGGUUCACCCAUUGAGACACUGAGUGCCUGGAUGCGCAGCCGGCCACAAACAGUGGCUGAGCUGCACCGUAGCUACCUAUCAGAUGGGCACAUUACCCAAAAGAAGAAGCACUCAGCAGCCCAGUGGGCGUCUCUAACACUGUCCCAGGGGAGGCCUGUUGAACGGCAGAUCAUGAGCAGUUCAUGGAGUUCAUUAUCACGGGCAGUAGAGGUAAAAAAUCGAAAUGGCACUACUUUUCACCAUGGCAUCAGUACCCAGGAUAGGGGACAUCAGUCCAGCAGUGCACAUCCACAUGCGCAAGUGGCUCGGAGUGAACUUAAUGUCCGGGUGACACGAGGCAUUGAGCGACGGCCCCUGAAACAUCCAUUACAUGCUGAUGGAGGGGAGAGAGAAAGUUGUCCUCCCAAACCACCUCGCACUAGUACUGUUCCUGCCCUUGUGCCAAAACCACCUUCCACUCCUCUGGUCAAACUUGUGGGUAAAAUCUACUCCCUCAAGUGCCGGUUUUGUGAUGUGGAGUUUCAUGGCCCCCUGUCAGUCCAGGAGGACUGGAUCAGGCAUCUGCAGCAGCACAUUCUGAAACUUGACUACAACAACAAGCCAGCUCCCACAGCAAAUAACACUCCAGCCAAAUCUGACAUGGCUGUUCCUGAAAGGCAAGCCUCAGCUACUACCUCCACUUCUAUUACUACUACAGCAACGACAGCUUCUACUCCCACCUCAGCCACAAGUCUUAACCCUACAUCUGUAUCUACACCAUGUCCACCAGUCUCGACUCCUACUCCUGCUCCUACACCCACUUCAACCCCGACCUUGACAGCUCCCACCCUGACCGGCCCUGGAAUUCCAACCAAGGCUGAGCUGGAAGUCGAUACACCUACUACAUAAUGCUUUUGUCUUAUGUAUUUAAAUUCCGUUUCCUUCAUUCUGUUUGUACUUCCUUUUGUUAUUAAAAAACAAGGGUUUGGAAGCGCAUUGCUUAUUACCCAUUCAUUUUUGUAAGUCAUGUCGUAAAUCAUACAGCAGUAAAAGGAGCUUGAGGUAGGACUGUUGCUAUUCCAGUUUGGGUUUUGCUGGCCAACAAAAGAUGUUUAAAUUCUUUCACUUUUGAUGAUAUUUGUUUGUGUAAAAAAGUAUUAACAGGUCAGUGGUGCAUAUGGCGGUAUCUGAAUAUGUAGUGUAACUAACUUGCUAUGUCCUUCUUUUAGCUUAGUUGGAUUUUAAGAGGGAAUGGAACAGUGUUUUUUAUUUGUACUGAACAUGGAACAUCUACCUACUAGUUUGCUAAUGAAAGGCACAAGCAAAAUAUAAACAAUUUUUAUGUCAAUCCAGAAUUGUUGUAGCACUUUCUUUUAAUGACUCCCCCCCCCCCCCCAAGCACGAAUACACUAAGCCUUUAACCCUCUCAAAAUAAGCUUGUCAUGGCAGACACCUAUUUAAUGGUUAACACAGUUGUGCCAUAAAGAAGUACUAUGAGCUAUCAGUGCUGACAUGCCCUUGCUCAAACUUUUAGGAUGCACCUUACAUGAUCUCAUUUGUAAUGAGUCCUAAUGUAGGUCACAUUUUUCCUCAUAAUUCUACUAGUUUUCAUAGUAAAUAUGACUAUUAUUAUUAUUAUUAUUAUUAUUAUUAUUAUUAUUAUUAUUAUUAUUCAUUUUUCCUGAGUUUUAGUAAAUGACAAAAAGGGAUAAUUUCCCUUUUGGUUCAUAAAGGUUUCAAUAAGCUAAUAAAUACUGUAAUUUGUGUUUAAUGUAAUCAUGAUAAGGAAAAAACAAAAAUACAAAUUAGCAGCAUACCAUGUCUUUUCAAAUGUUCUGACUACUAUUUGUUGUCUGGGUUCUUAAAGGCCGGAAUAUUACUGUUGGUACUGCAGAAAGAUGGCAAGGUACCUGCACUUAAUGAUUAGAAAAUUUCAGUGUGCUUAAAUGUUGAGUGAAGCCUAGUUUGCUAUUUGCACAUUAGCUUACUGCACCCACUCUUGAGCUGUCUCUCCCAUUUGCUUAGAAUACUUUUUUUUUUAAAUUAAAAAUAGUUUUUGAAGAAAUUGCCCUGGAUUUAAAGAAUGGAAAGUUGGCCUAAAAUUGGGUUAAUUAAUGAACUUGCUGCCUGCCUUGACUAAAACCCAAAUCCAUGUGCUAAUGCAUUGCACUUUUGAAUACGCCCUGUUUUGAAUAGAAGAAUCUGAAUGUUUGGCAUAUGAAUAAUGAGUUGAUGCACUUUUGCUCAAGGCUGGAUCGGGAAGUGUUUGUAAUUGUGCGUGUACGUGCAUGCACUUAAAAGGUCACAUGUAUGUCUUUGCCAUAUAGCUGCAAAUCUAGUUUUAAAAUAGGUUUCAAUAAUACAUUUGUGUUUCUGCCAAGAACUUCAAUGCACUGCGUCCAUCAGUCUGUGGCAGAAUGUGCCAAAGAAUCAGUGUGACAUGGGACAGUCUCCUAGGCUACUGCCGUCAUACCCAAGUUUGUGACUGAAUGGAGAAAACAGAUUUGGUCUUCUCAACUGAGGGAAAUGGUGGACAGUGGCUACUGAGAAAAUCUGAGUUGUCCUUCUUCGGAUUGUAUUUUACACCUUAGAUAAAGUGCUUCUGAGAAACACCACAAAUCUUUGGUAUGCUGGAUCUUAAUCUCGGGACAUUUAUGGUUAUUGCUUGAUCAAAGAAGAGACUACUUGGAUACAUCUUGCUUCUGUUAAGGACUGACAGAACUAUGUAGCUUCACAUGACUUUAGAUGGUAAUCCAUUUCUACACAGUGAAGCAAUAACAGUAUGGUCACAUGACAAACUAUGGUUUGUUUCACUACUCAUAGCAUUUCUGUGACUGUUAGACUUGCAGCAUUCCUGUGGAGUAUAUGACUAUAUUACAACUAGUACCUACUAGUCAUGAAAUAUGAUCUUGAUCAAUUUGAGUUUAUUUCAACAAUAAUUCUGUGCAUUUUUUUAUUGCCAUUUGUCUUUCUGUACUUGCAGUUCAAGAUAAGUGAAAUAGAACAAGUGUUAUUUUUUAUUAUUGGUGCUCAUGAGUUAAAGUGGAUAUGAAUGGAUUUUUAAUUUUCAAUGCUUAGAUCAUGAAAAUGUCCUGACAUUGAAGGACUUUAAAGAUGUGUCUUGAUGGGGACUGUAAUGCAGACCUCAAGAUGAGCUGCUGCUGGAAAGUGCCAGGCAGUUGUCUCCUGUAAGACUUUCUUCAGCUAGUUUGGAUUGGUUACAAGAGGUGUGUGUGUGUGUGUGUGUGUGUGUGUGGGGAGUGGGAGAGAGAGAGAGAGAGAGAGAAUGCUUCGCUGCCAUGGAAGACUCAUACUGUGCACAAGCAUUAGGACGAUUCAUGUGAAUCAACAAAUCAUUAAAUGUGAUCUGAAACA